AUGGCUCCUUUUAAACCUUACAAGUUCAUAAUUUUUGAUAAUAAUUUGAAAAACAGCCACUUUUACACCAAGAUAAUUUCAUACUUGAAUUUAUCACUUCUUUGCAAAGAAAUUUAUAUAAAUGAAAAAUAUAACAAAAUAAAAUAUGAAAAUGUGUGCAAUAAUAAGCUUGUAUUUUUUUCAGAAAAUAAUUUACUAGAAAAAUUAAAAAAAAAUGUAUCAUUAUAUGGGGAAAGUAUGCAUAGUAAAUCAAAUUUGUUGAGCAUAAAUGAAAAUAUAAUAGACAUACAAAAACCAAUUAAAAAAGAUUUAAGUUCUAAAUCGUGCAAAGUUCAAAAAAAUGAUGAAAUAAAAUCAAAGAAUUUAAUGAAAAAAACACAAGAAAAUGAAAAUGUACCUCAAAAUUACGAAAAUAAUCAAAUUAUUAAUGAUACCAAUAAGCUAGUAAGCUUUCUUACUUAUGAUAAUCGAAGAAAAGACGAUUUUUUAAAAGUUCUAAAUUUAAAUAAAUUAUAUAAUGUAGAUCAUAUAAAUAUUUUAUGCUUAAAUAAUUAUAACUCAAUAAUAGAUUUAUUUAAAAAUAACCCUUUUGAAAAUAAAAGGAUUUCUAUUUUUUGCCCUUUUCAUAUAAUAAAUAAUGAUGAUGAUAAUAAUAAAUAUCAAAAAGAAACUAUAAAAAAAAUUAUAGAUUUUAUAUAUCCUAUAAUUAGCGAUUUUCUUCCACUAAAAUACAAACAUGUUUAUAUGUCCGAUUUGGUUAGAGCUAUAAUUUUAAAUUCAGAACUUUGCCAAACAAACUCAAAAAACGAGCUCGAAAUAUUCAAAUUUAUAGACAUGAUGGAAAUUAUUGGAAAAUCUUGA